AUGGGCAAUGCUGUAUAUGGUGAUCCGGCUUCUGCAGAUCUGUUUCUCGUGCUCCUUGCCCUCCAGCUCUAUCAUUUCCCCAUGGAGACAAGAAACCAGACCAGCGGCUCCACAUUCACGCUCCAAAGCAUCGCCAACGCUGGGCAGCAGCGGCUCCUCUUUGUGCUCUUCCUGGGUCUGUACCUGGUCACCGUGGUGGGGAACCUUCUCAUCAUCCUGGCCAUCCGGACAAACUCCCGCCUCCAUUCCCCCAUGUACUUCUUCCUCGCCAACCUGUCUCUGGUAGACAUCUGCUUCUCCUCUACCACUGUGCCCAGCCUUCUGGGGACACUCUUCACUGGACACCAGGAUGUUUCUUACGGUGGCUGCCUGGCUCAGAUGUAUUUCUUCAUUGCCUUUGGAGCCACCAAGAAUUUCCUUCUGGCUGCCAUGGCCUAUGAUCGUUACUUGGCCAGCUGCGAUCCGCUGAGUUACUCGGUGGUCAUGAGCCCUCAGUGUUGUGUCCUGCUGGUGGUCGCCUGCUGGCUGGUUCCUCACCCCCACUCCCUGCUGCACGCCCUCCUGAUGACCCAGAUGACCUUCUGUGCCUCCCGUGAAAUUCCUCUUUACUUCUGUGACAUCUUACCCCUGCUGAAGAUCUCCUGCUCCGAUCCCCACAUCAACUUCCUUGCGGUGUACACAGAAGGGGCCUCCAUAGUCAACAGUGCCCUUCUGAUUGUCCUGGCCUCCUAG